CCCGCGCCGCCCGUCCGCGCCCUCCCGCUCCGGCCCCUCCCUUCCCUCCCUCCCUGGCGCAACAUGGCUGCGGCCGCCGCCUCCGCCUCCCAGGACGAGCUGAAUCAGCUUGAACGGGUCUUUUUACGACUUGGCCAUGCUGAAACAGAUGAACAAUUACAGAAUAUUAUAUCUAAAUUCCUUCCUCCUGUUUUGCUCAAACUGUCCAGCACCCAAGAAGGAGUACGCAAAAAGGUAAUGGAACUGCUGGUCCAUCUGAAUAAGCGUAUAAAAAGCCGCCCCAAAAUACAGCUCCCGGUAGAGACACUGUUGGUUCAAUACCAGGACCCUGCUGCAGUUUCCUUUGUCACAAAUUUUACUAUAAUUUAUGUUAAGAUGGGCUAUCCUCGCCUGCCAGUGGAAAAACAAUGUGAACUGGCCCCUACGCUUCUUACUGCCAUGGAAGGGAAGCCUCAGCCACAGCAGGAUAGCUUAAUGCAUCUUUUAAUACCAACCCUUUUUCACAUGAAAUACCCUGUUGAAUCAUCAAAAUCAGCUUCUCCGUUUAAUCUUGCUGAGAAACCAAAGACCGUGCAGCUGCUUUUGGACUUCAUGCUAGAUGUCCUUCUGAUGCCUUAUGGAUAUGUGUUAAAUGAAUCCCAGAGUCGCCAAAAUUCAUCUUCAGGACAGGGUUCUUCUUCAAAUAGUGGGGGAGGUUCUGGAAUACCCCAGCCUCCCCCAGGAAUGAGUUUUUAUGCAGCUAAGCGAGUUAUUGGUGAUAACCCGUGGACACCUGAACAGUUGGAACAGUGCAAAUUGGGUAUAGUGAAAUUCAUAGAAGCUGAACAGGUGCCUGAACUCGAAGCUGUUCUCCACUUGGUGAUUGCUUCUAGUGACACACGCCACAGCGUAGCGACAGCAGCGGACCUAGAAUUGAAAAGCAAGCAAAGCUUGAUUGACUGGAAUAAUCCUGCCAUCAUUAAUAAGAUGUACAAGGUAUACCUUGGAGAUAUACCACUGAAGACAAAAGAGGGAGCAGUUCUGAAACCAGAGCUGAAGAGGGACCCCGUCAGUACAAGGGUUAAGUUAAAGAUUGUCCCCCAUCUCCUUCGUUCUAGACAAGCUGCAGAAACGUUCCCAGCUAACAUCCAGGUGGUAUAUGAUGGACUUUUUGGUACAAAUACAAAUUCAAAAUUGAGAACAUUAUCCCUGCAGUUUGUGCAUCACAUUUGUAUAACUUGUCCAGAAAUCAAGAUUAAGCCAUUAGGUCCAAUGCUUUUGAAUGGCCUCACCAAGCUAAUCAAUGAAUAUAAAGAAGACCCUAAGCUACUGUCAAUGGCAUAUUCAGCUGUUGGAAAACUCUCCAGUCGAAUGCCCCAUUUAUUCACCAAGGAUAUAGCUCUUGUGCAGCAGCUUUUUGAAGCCCUUUGUAAGGAAGAGCCUGAGACUCGGCUUGCUAUUCAAGAAGCAUUGUCUAUGAUGGUGGGAGCUUAUAGUACUUUGGAGGGAGCACAGCGAACUCUCAUGGAGGCACUUGUGGCUUCGUACUUAAUAAAGCCUGAAGUUCAAGUUCGACAGGUGGCUGUGAAAUUUGCUAGCACGGUGUUUCCCUCAGAUCAUAUACCUUCCAGAUAUUUGCUCUUACUAGCUGCAGGAGAUCCACGGGAAGAAGUUCAUGGAGAAGCACAGCGAGUAUUAAGGUGUCUUCCUGGUAGAAACAGAAAAGAAAGUGCUUCUAAGCAGAUGCCUUCUUUCCCGGAAAUGGUGUAUUAUAUUCACGAAAAGGCUUCCCAUCGAAUGAAAACUCCAGCUAAGUACAUGACUGGGACUACUGUCCUUCCAUUUAACCCAGCAGCCUUUGGAGAGAUAGUCCUGUACUUGCGCAUGUGCCUAGCGCACAGUGCGGGAGUGGUGCCCACCUCCCAGAGUCUGGCUGAUAUGCAGGACCACGCCCCAGCCAUUGGACGCUACAUACGGACCUUGCUGUCAGGCGGUCAGGCGACAUCCUCAUCAUCUUCUUCCAAGAGUGGAGAAACCCACCCUGUUCAGAUCUACAUCGGCCUGCUUCAGCAGCUGUUGGCAGGUGUUGGAGGUUUGCCAGUCAUGUACUGUCUAUUGGAAGCUGUCUCCGUGUAUCCAGAAAAACUGGCUACCAAAUUUGUAGACAAAACAGAAUGGAUAAAGAGUCUGAUGAAUAGCAGUAAAGAAGAGAUGCGUGAACUGGCGGCAUUGUUUUAUUCUGUGGUGGUAUCUACAGUGUCGGGGAAUGAGUUGAAGUCAAUGAUAGAACAGCUUAUAAAGACCACAAAAGACAAUCAUAGCCCAGAGAUACAGCACGGAUCCUUGCUUGCGUUGGGAUUCACGGUAGGAAGAUACUUGGCCAAAAAGAAAAUGAGAAUGGCAGAGCAGCAGGACCUGGAGACAGAUGCCGAUUUCCUGCCGGAACAAGAGGAACUCAUUCAGAGUGCCACGGAAACAAUAGGCUCGUUUUUGGACAGUACGUCGCCCCUCCUGGCCAUUGCUGCCUGCACAGCCCUCGGGGAAAUUGGCAGGAAUGGUCCCCUCCCAAUCCCCAGUGAGGGAUCUGGCUUCACCAAAUCACAUCUUGUAGAAAGCUUACUGAAUAGAAUACCCUCCAGUAAAGAAACAAAUAAGAUGAAAGAACGAGCAAUCCAAACACUGGGGUAUUUUCCAGUUGGGGAUGGAGAUUUUCCUCACCAGAAACUCCUCUUGCAAGGUCUGAUGGAUUCUGUGGAGGCCAAGCAGAUCGAACUGCAGUUCACUAUCGGCGAAGCCCUCACCAGUGCUGCCGUGGGAACGAGCUCCGUGGCUGCCCGGGACGCCUGGCUGGUGACGGAGGAGGAAUAUACUCCCCCUGCUGGAGCCAAAGUGAAUGACGUGGUCCCCUGGGUAUUGGAUGUGAUUUUAAAUAAACAUAUCGUCAGCCCCAACCCACACGUGAGGCAAGCAGCCUGCAUCUGGCUCCUUUCCCUUGUGAGGAAGCUAAGUACUCAUAAAGAAGUGAAGUCUCACCUUAAAGAAAUUCAGAGUGCAUUUGUUUCCGUUUUGUCGGAAAAUGAUGAACUUAGCCAAGACGUUGCCUCAAAAGGCCUUGGGUUGGUGUAUGAACUGGGCAAUGAACAAGAUCAGCAGGAAUUGGUUUCUACACUUGUAGAGACACUUAUGACUGGCAAAAGAACUAAACAUGAAGUUUCUGGAGAGACAGUGGUAUUUCAAGGGGGAAGCCUUGGCAAAACACCCGAUGGCCAGGGCCUCUCUACUUACAAGGAGCUUUGUUCUCUGGCAAGUGAUCUUAGUCAGCCAGAUCUGGUGUAUAAAUUUAUGAAUUUAGCCAACCAUCAUGCAAUGUGGAACUCGAGGAAGGGUGCUGCUUUUGGUUUUAAUAUGAUUGCCUCCAGAGCUGGGGAACAGCUGGCUCCUUUCCUGCCUCAGCUGGUUCCCCGUCUUUAUCGUUACCAGUUUGAUCCCAACCUGGGCAUUCGACAGGCCAUGACAAGUAUUUGGAAUGCAUUGGUCACUGACAAAUCAACGGUGGAUAAAUAUUUGAAGGAAAUUCUUCAAGAUUUGGUUAAGAACCUUACCAGCAAUAUGUGGCGAGUUCGAGAAUCCAGCUGUUUAGCUCUGAAUGAUUUAUUGAGAGGAAGACCUCUAGAUGACAUCAUUGAUAAACUUCCAGAAAUUUGGGAAACUCUUUUUCGGGUACAAGAUGAUAUCAAGGAAUCUGUACGGAAAGCUGCAGAACUAGCUCUGAAAACUCUGAGCAAGGUUUGUGUGAAAAUGUGUGACCCCGCCAAAGGAGCAGCUGGCCAGAGAACCAUCGCGGUCCUUCUGCCUUGCCUUCUGGACAAAGGAAUGAUGAGUCCUGUGACAGAAGUUCGAGCUCUCAGCAUUAACACCCUUGUGAAGAUUAGCAAAAGUGCGGGAGCCAUGUUGAAACCACAUGCACCAAAACUCAUCCCAGCUCUGUUGGAAUCCUUAAGUGUACUGGAACCCCAGGUUCUCAAUUAUUUGAGCCUCCGGGCUACAGACCAAGAAAAGGCUGCGAUGGAUAGUGCUCGACUCAGUGCUGCCAAAUCCUCUCCCAUGAUGGAAACAAUCAACAUGUGCCUGCAAUAUCUUGAUGUGUCGGUGCUUGGUGAGCUCGUUCCUAGAUUAUGUGAAUUGAUCAGAAGUGGUGUGGGUCUUGGAACUAAGGGAGGCUGUGCCAGUGUCAUCGUGUCGUUAACGACUCAGUGUCCCCAGGACCUGACCCCUCACUCAGGUAAACUUAUGAGUGCUUUGCUUAGUGGCCUGACAGAUCGGAACAGUGUAAUUCAGAAAUCUUGUGCAUUUGCCAUGGGCCAUUUAGUUCGGACCUCGAGGGAUAGCAGCACUGAGAAACUCCUGCAGAAGCUUAAUGGCUGGUACAUGGAGAAAGAAGAACCCAUCUAUAAGACCUCUUGUGCUUUGACCAUCCAUGCUAUUGGACGGUACAGCCCCGACGUGCUGAAGAACCAUGCCAAAGAAGUGCUGCCUUUGGCAUUUCUGGGCAUGCAUGAGAUCGCCGAGGAGGAGAAAUCAGAGAAAGAAGAGUGUGACUUGUGGACUGAAGUGUGGCAGGAAAACGUACCUGGUUCCUUUGGUGGCAUUCGGUUAUACCUGCAGGAGUUGAUUACCAUUACCCAGAAGGCUUUGCAGUCUCAGUCUUGGAAAAUGAAAGCCCAGGGUGCAAUUGCCAUGGCAUCAAUUGCAAAACAAACCAGCUCCUUAGUACCUCCAUAUCUGGGAAUGAUCCUGACCGCAUUACUGCAAGGCCUAGCUGGAAGAACAUGGGCAGGAAAGGAAGAGCUGUUGAAAGCCAUUGCCUGUGUGGUGACAGCUUGCAGUGCAGAGCUGGAAAAGCCUGUGCCCAGUCAGCCCAGCACAAAGGAGAUUCUCCGGGCUGUUCUGAAGGAGUGUUGCAAAGAGAACCUUAAAUACAAGAUCGUAGCAAUCAGCUGUGCGGCGGAUGUCUUGAAGGCCACCAAAGAAGACAGAUUCCAGGAGUUUUCUGACAUUGUCAUACCUCUCAUCAAGAAGAACUCCCCUGAAAACACUGGCGUUCGGACAACCAAGAAUGAAGAUGAGAAUGAGAAGGAAAAGGAGCUGCAGCUGGAGUCUCUGCUGGGAGCCUUCGAGAGCCUGGGCAAAGCCUGGCCCCGAAAUGUGGAGACCCAACGUUGUUACCGUUGGGAGCUGUGCAAGUUGCUAUGUGACCGGCUAAAACUGAGCACGUGGAAAGUGCAGCUCGGAGUCCUACAGUCCAUGAACGCCUUUUUUCAGGGAUUAAUGAUUUUGGAAGAAGAACAUGCAGAUCCUGAGGCUUUGGCUGAAAUUCUCCUUGAAACUUGUAAAUCAAUCACUUACUCUUUAGAAAAUAAGACCUACUCAUCUGUGAGAACAGAAGCUUUAUCUGUGAUAGAAUUACUGCUUAAAAAACUUGAAGGUGUUGAUUCUCAGAGCACUCCCAAUUAA